AUGCUGCAAUUGUCUACUAGGCAGGCUUAUAGCUGUACUUACAACUUGAGCAGAAGUCUCAGAUCCUUGCACACGUCGAAAUGCUUGCUAUCUGGGCACAAUAAAUGGUCCAAGAUUCGGCACAAGAAAGGAGCUGCAGAUCAGCAGAGAGGGCAGAUGUUCUCAAAGCUCGGCAAUGACAUUACCCUAGCUGCUAAGCUCGGUGGUAGCACGGAUCCAUCUUUCAACGUCAGGCUUGCUGCAUCCUUGCUUGCUGCCAAGAAGGCAGAUAUGCCAAAAUCCAAUAUUGAGGCUGCACUGAAACGUGCUGCACCAAGUAAAGCAGGGGAGGAAGCACUUCAGCAUGUCACGUACGAAGCUAUGCACGGGCAAGUGGCAAUGAUGAUUGAAGCUUUGACCGAUAAGAAGACGCGAACGGGUGCCAAUAUCAAGGCCAUUUUGAGGAAGCAUGCUGCGACUCUAGGCAGUUGUCAAUUUCUCUUUGACAAGCGCGGGCGGGUUGUUGUACGUCCGGCAGAAGGGGAACCGAGUAUGUCGUAUGAUGACGCCCUUGAUUUGAGCAUUGAAGUCGAUGCCGAAGAUGUCAUUGACCUCGAAGACGGCUCAUUCGAGCUCAUCACCGCUCCUUCAGACCUUGGCAGCAUAGCAAAGAAGCUUAACGACAGACCUGUCGAGAUACUCGCUGCUGAACUUUGCUUCAGGCCCAAGGAGGAUACGGCAGUGGACAUCGAAGGCAACGAAGAGGUGCUUGAACUCAUUGAGCGUUUGGAAGAUGACGCCGACGUGGUCAAUGUUACAGUCAACUCGCUCUAG